AUGAACAUAGAUAUAGAAACCAGCAGAGCUGAAAAUAGAUCCCAAAUCUCCCGAGUCUCAACUCUCUUGAAGGACCCCAAGCUAUCCAGUGUUGUUAUGAACCCUCAUACCAAGAGCACAGUUAAGCAGAAAGCGGUGAACGAUGCCUUAGCAAAAGAGAAGAUGUCCCCUAUUACUGUCAACCUGAUGAAUUUGCUUGCUGAAAACGGUCGCUUACGUUACACUCCAGACAUCGUUUCUGCAUUUGGGAAGAUCAUGAGCGCAUACCGAGGAGAAGUGCUGUGCACAGUCACCACUGCACAGCCCUUGGAUGAUGCCAACCUUACUGAGCUAAAAAGUGCUCUGAGUGGAUUCUUGGCUAAGGGAGAGGUCUUGAAGCUGGAGACCAAGACUGAUCCGUCCAUCCUUGGUGGCAUGAUUGUCAAUAUUGGGGAGAAGUAUGUGGACAUGUCAACAAGAUCAAAGAUCCAGAAACUCACCAAAAUUAUGAGAGAGACUGUCUAGCAAGCUCUCCGAGUCAUUCAUGGUAAAACCUGUCAGAUGGAAACAAUAAAACUAUUUCUUCUUGAAA